UUGUGGCUUCUCUCCGCGUUCGUCUAUCUGCCGCCGAGAUGGCAGGAGGUGUCCGGAGAAAGUCCCCCGGCUCCCCUUCCCAACUGUGGGGGAAGCUUCACUCUCUGUGGCAGGACAAACAUUUGGUCCUCUUCAAAACGGAAUACACGUUUCUGGUCGUCUCAGUUCUAUGGUUCCUGGAAAUCGCGAUCAAUGUGUGGGUCAUACAAAAAGUAGCAUACACUGAAAUAGAUUGGAAAGCCUACAUGGAUGAAGUAGAAGGCGUCAUCAAUGGCACCUACGACUACACUCAGCUCAAAGGAGACACAGGUCCCUUGGUGUACCCGGCUGGCUUUGUCUACAUCUUUACAGCUCUUUAUUACAUCACCAGCCACGGCACAAACAUUCGUCUGGCUCAGUACAUUUUUGCUGCAUUCUACGUCAUCACGCUGCUGUUCGUCUUCAGAAUAUACUACCGCACUAAGAAGGUUCCUCCCUACGUGUUCUUCUUUGUGUGUUGUGCCUCCUAUAGGAUCCACUCCAUCUUUGUGCUGCGUCUCUUUAAUGACCCAGUGGCAAUGAUGCUGCUGUUUGCAGCCGUCAACCUCUUCAUGGAUGGAUACUGGACCCUGGGCUGUGGCCUCUACAGUUUAGCAGUGUCUGUAAAAAUGAACGUGCUUCUUUUUGCCCCUGGGCUACUUUUCCUCCUCCUAUCUGAGUUUGGUCUUAUCAGGACAAUACCAAAACUUUCUCUGUGUGCAGCAAUACAAGUUUUGCUGGGCCUGCCUUUCCUCUUGGAUAAUCCAGUUGGUUAUGUAAGCCGGGCUUUUGAUCUUGGCCGUCAGUUCAUUUUUAAGUGGACUGUGAACUGGCGCUUCCUGCCAGAAUGGCUCUUCUUGAAUCGCUACUUUCACUUAUUCCUGCUGGCUGCCCACCUGCUGACUCUUCUGCUCUUUGCUUUCCGCCGGUGGAAGAGGCCAGGAGAAAGCAUCUUUGAGCUUUUCAAGGACCCAAGCAAGAGGAAAAACCCACCUCAGCAGAGCACAGUGGAUCAGAUAGUGCUGAUUCUGUUCACUUCUAACUUCGUUGGCAUGUGCUUCAGUCGUUCGCUGCACUAUCAGUUCUAUGUCUGGUACUUCCACACGCUACCAUACCUGCUCUGGAGUGGAGGAGUCAAGAAGCUGGCCCAUCUGCUCAGGGUGCUGAUCCUGGGUUUGAUUGAGCUUUCAUGGAACACAUAUCCCUCCACCAAUGGCAGCUCAGCUGCUCUCCACGUCUGCCACCUCAUCAUUCUCCUCUGUCUGUGGCUGGCUCCGCCCCUGUGUUCAGCUCCGGCAGAAAAACAACACGUGCCCGUCAAAGACAAACGCAAGUGAGGGUCGGCCUGAUCGGACUGGACGUCAUGAAUGGUCAAAUCAGCUGCUGAGAGCCGUCACACCCGCUUCCCUUCUCUCUGACCCUCAGAUGGAGGUCACAGAGGUAGAGAAUAACAGGAGCCAUUUGUUGCUUCUCAGCUCAGCUCACUGCUAAAAGUAAAUGUGGAUUUUCGUCUGCAGACAAAUGAAAAUGGGAUGUAGCUGUAUCUUGCACAAGAGGUAAAAAGAAAAAGAACAUAUGGAUUCUCAGGUUUCAUUUUCCAGUUGAUGGGAGUGGAGAAGGAAUUACUAUUUGUGGCAAAAAAAUUAUUACUUGGAAUAUAUUUCAGCUUAGGGGGUUAAUAUUACAGUUUGACCAUAUCUGAACUGGUCUGGUCUUUUUUUUUUUCUUCCUUCUGUGGAUAUGGGCGAUUAUUAUUGUUUUACGUAAUAUUAAAAAGCAGUGUUUGUUGAAGAAUGUAAUACAUAUCCCAUACUUAUUGUAGUCCAUCAAACAUUAGCUAGUGGCAUUUCCAUUUAUCAGUUAUUUCACUCUUCUUCAGUACAAGGCCAAAAAGGUUUUCCACUAGUUUUAUCUUUUUACACAAAUGUGGAAAACAAAGCUGUAAACAAAGCUGCUUUUUGUCUAUUCUGAUUUGUUACAUAACAGUCGUCCUGUGUUCUGAGUGCCCCCUACACUCAUCAGCACAUAAGUGCAUGUAAUGUGAAAAAGUAGCAGUUGACUGAAACAGAAGUAUAAUAUUUUAUAAUAAACAGAGAUAUCACUUCA